AUGGCCUCCAAAGAAAUUCAUCUCGUGGCCAUCAUCAAGCCGAAGCCGGGUAAAAUCGACGAAGUCGCCGCCCUCUUCGCCGAAACCGCCAAAAAGGUCCAAGCCACCGAACCCGACACACUGGCCUACUAUGCCAUCCGACCAAAGACCGGAGACGAAUUGCUCAUCGUGGAGAGGCAAGGACACCCCCCAUACAAGGAUGCCAAGGCGAUUCAGACACAUGGCAGCACGGAGCACUUCAAGGAAUUCUCCGAGGCCGUAGCCCCGCUGGUGCAGGGUCCGUCGACACUGAAGAUUGGGAGAGAGGUUGGUGGGUUUAGGAGGGAUGAGAAGUUGUAA